UCAAUCACCAUCCAAUCAUGAUUCAUGAAUGGUUGAGUAACUUUGAGUGGACAAGCCAAACACUUUGCACUUUGCCUUAUCUUGCAAACUUCACCAAUUCAACUAUUCUACUUCUCCCUAAAAAAAAAUAUUCUAGUUCUCCAUAACACAAUGGCAAAUUUCAAUUCUUCAUUUUCUUUUUACUUUUGCCACCCAAUUUUCAGUAAAUUUUUUUAUUAUUAUUUUAUUUAGAAACAACAAAGUCCCUAAAAAAUAGUAUAAAAAAUUGACUGACCACCAGAGCACAACCAGCCAAAUACAACCCUGCAAAGACUACUAAAACUACACUAAACACCACCUCGAAAAAUAGAAAAUCUUCACAGUCGAUUCACCCAUCCGUGUAAAGAUAAAUUAUUUAUUUAUUUUUUUAUUAAAUUAUUAUUUUUUUCAAAAAAAAAAAAAAAUUAAGAAAACAUAAACAAACAAAACCCCCUAAAGGACCACCAUCCAUAUCUUCUUUCUCUUCUUCAUAUCUUCUCUGUUAAUCCAUAGAGACAGAAAAGCUCAAACCAUAAUCACAGAGAGAGAAAGUAAGAAAGUUUGGAUUUUUGGAGAGUUUGGAAGUUGAAGAUGAAGUUAUCCACCAAACCUAUAUCCAGUCCGGGUCGAACCGAGAAGUUCCCACCUCCAUUGAUGAGGUUUCUAAGAACCAAUGUGGGAAGCAAAAGCAGAGGAAGGUCACGUGCGAGUCCAAUGUUUGUUAGGAAGAAGAACCCUUCUUCCGCCAUUGAAACUCAAGAGCCUUCUUCUCCUAAAGUUACAUGCAUGGGCCAAGUUCGAGUCAGAAGGUCUUCCAAACAAAAGAAACCCACCAAGCCUCGCCGGACUGGGUCAGCUCCGGCGAAGGUGGAGGACUCGGUUUGUUGCCGGUGUAGAUGGAUUCCGAGAGCUCUGUUUUGCCACCAUUAUUGUGCAGAGAAAUUCAGACCCAAGUUGUGUAGUUCAGUUUGGAGCAAGUGGUGUUCGUUUUUUCAAGCUAGUUUUCGAAGAAAGGUUGUGAGUAGAGAAGAAACCUGUAAGAUUGGUUCGAGAUUCGAUGUGAAGAGUCAAGAUUCAGACGAAGAAGAAAGAGAAGCUAAGAUAUUUGCUAGUGCUACUACUACUACUGCUACAACUACUACUACUUGUUCUACCACUCCACCUAAGAAUGCUUUCCUUUUGACUCGUUGUAGAUCUGCUCCCUAUAGAUCUUCUUCUUUAGCUUCUAGAUUCUGGGGUUCGCCAUUAAAGUCUGAAAAAACAGAGCAAGAACCCGAAGAAGUAGACGAUGACGAUGAAGACCAAGACAGAGAAGAAGAUUGUUCGAAUGAAGAAAAACCCAUCUCAAAAUUGGAGUCUUUUGAAUCAAGACAGACGGAGAUUGAAGAAAAGUUCGAGCUUUCCCAAGAAGUUGACGAGUCAACAACCUCAACUGAGAAAAUAGUUUACGAGUCGGCAAACACAGAGAAUGAAAAAGUAGUAUUAGAAGAAGAAGAAUCGAAAACAGAGGAAGUUGCAGGGUUCGAACGACCCCUCAUACUAACAAGGUGUAAAUCAGAACCGGCCAGAACUGGUGAGAAGCUCGAUCCCGAGUUGAUUUUCUGGAAAAACACAAGGUUGGGUAUCAUAAAUUCAUGCUCACCAACUGUUUGUGAUUAAAAUUAAAAUUAAUUUUUCACUUUUUCUUUAUUAUUAUUUGUUUCUCCUAGUUCUUUUUUUUAGAUAUAUUAAGUCCACAAAAACUCGAUAUAGAUUUACAAAUGAGUAGACAUAUAAAUCUUUUUUUUU